AUGGCCAUUACCACGCUUGGUCAGCAAAUGUCUGAGCCCGAACGUCGCCGAAGAAGAAGACCAGCAGUCUCAUGCACAGUCUGCAGGAAACGCAAAAUCCGAUGCAACCGAGAACAUCCAUGCAACAAUUGCACCCGUUCGAGAGAUGCCGUCUGCAUUUACGAAGAUUUCCCUCCUCUGAGACAGCGUCCCAAUACUGAGGAACCCGCCGCCUCUGAUGGACAAACAUCUCCGGGAUCCACGGGGAAAACCUCAAGCAUAAUAAGCAGCGCCGCCACAGCUCCACAUGAAACAGGGACUCCAUCGUCGACAAACAUCCCCAUCGAUACUUUGAUGAUAGAAGGUCCUCCUAUGACCUCAGACCGGAGCCAGGACAUUUCGUCUGCUCCGUUGACCCUAGAACUGCCUGACCCUGCACAAUGCAGACAGGACUUUUUCGGCGAACCUCGAAUGUUCGGACGCACAGUAUUCCACAAGUCACGCCAAUUCGGCCAGAGUCACUGGAUGAAUGGUGUUUCCAUGUUUGGAGGCAUUCUCCAUCUCAUCGAGUCCCGCAUGCGCAAAGAACCCACCGUGAUUCCAGCCGGUAUGCGACGGUGUAAGGCGUUGGCGAAAGUGAUCAAAUCGGCACGAAUGCCAGUAUGGCCGACACCGCUUAGUGACGAUCUACUGUCCAGAGACGUUGUCGAACACCUCAUCGACAAUUACCUCCGCACGAUCGAAUCCGUGUAUAGAAUCAUCCACAUCCCCACGUUCAGAAAGCACGUCGAAGCACUCUGGACUCCGCCCCAGGGCGGGCGUCGCGACACCGCCUUCAUGGUUCAAUUGAAGUUGAUCCUCGCCAUUGGCGCCACGUACGACGAGACCUUUGGUCUUCGCACGUCCGCCAUGCGAUGGGUCUACGAGGCCCAGACGUGGCUGAACACACCGAACUCCAAAAUCAGGCUGAACGUGCAGUCUUUGCAAAUCAACGUGUUGCUGAUCGUGGCACGAGAGCUCGUCGACGUCUGCGGAGACUUGACGUGGAUCUCUGCGGGUGAGCUGUACAGACGAGCCAUCUACAUGGGCUUGAAUCGCGACCACCCUAGCCCGGUCGGGUCGACGGUGUUCGCUACAGAGAUGCGCCGACGGUUAUGGAACACGGUCCUUGAGAUCUGUCUGCAAGCAAGCAUGGCCUCUGGUGGUCCUGUGCUCGUGUCCACGGACGACUUCGACACAAAGCCACCGAGUAAUCUCGACGAUGUCCAGUUGGAGGAGAAAUCCCCCGCGGUAAAACCCGAGAACGUGUAUACCCAAGUGUCGACGGCGAUUGCUCUUCGGAAAUCGUUGGCGGUGCGUCUGGCCGUCGUGAAGUUCUUGAAUGAUCUCAGAGUCAACGGACGAUAUGAGCACGUGCUCCAACUUGACGGGGAGAUGAGAACGGCAUACAAGACACUGACUCGAACGUUGCAAAACAUGUUGUCGUCGUCGUCGUCAGAUGGAUCCGGGCGGCCAGGACCCAACACCUUUGAACUCAUGACCACAGACCUCAUGAUGAACCGGUACCUAUUGACCGUCCACAUUCCGUUUUUCGAACAAUCCAUGCACGAAGCCACGUACGCAUAUACUCGGAAAGUCGUGCUCGAGUCGUCGUUGAAGGUGUGGUACGUGGCGUACCGAUCGUCUUCUGAGCAAGUGGGUGCAGGUGCAAGUGGCGUCACCGCCAACCUCAACGUCAACACACCCUCACCCGGCCCCGGAUACGGCUUCUACCCAGUCUACCGCAGCGGUCUUUUCCAAGCCUCCUGUCUCGUCGCCGCAGAACUUUGCGCACAACUCGAAGAGCAAGACGGCGUAGGGAUGGGAUUCACACCUCUACGACCCGACCUGUUGCCUGUCGUGCAGGAAGCCAAGACCUGGGGUUACCACGGCAUGCAGAUCGGCGAGACGAACAUCAAGGGAUACGUGUUUUCAUGCCUGAUCGCCGCACAAGUCGACGCGUUGAUGCGUGGGAUGGACAAGGACGACAUUCCGAAGUUUUUGCUGCAGAGUGCAGAAGAGGCCAUGAGGGAGUCUAUUGCCGUAUUGGAGGAGCAGGCUGGUGUCGGCAACAGGAACACGAACACGAACACGAAUGCAAACGGAAACGGGAACGGCGACGGACGUGAUCUGACCUCCUCCCUGGAUGUGUCGACUAUGGGAUUCGAAGCUCUUGACGAGAGUGCAUUCAUGGCUCCAGAUGGAAUGUUUGAUUUUGGAGACACGGGCACCAUGGAAUGGGGGUUCAACAACAAUAAUGUCAAUGAUGACGAUGAGUUCCUUGCCGAUGUUUCUUUUUGGUGA